AUGUUACUAUUUAUAAGCAUUUUUUGCUAUUUUUAAGUAGUAAAAUCAGCAAUAUCUACAAUAACUCAAACACUAAACCCUACUUAAUAGUAAUACACUUAAUAACUAAAUUUGACUUACCUACAACAAUACAUAUAUAUGACAGCUGAGUUUAAAUACGUUCCUUUAUCAUACUUAUAUUAGAACAAUGAGUAAAAUGAGAAUAAAUACAUCAUUUUUUCCUUAUCAUCAGAUAAAUCUAUAGCAGUUUUAGCUUACUUAAAAAUAGAUUAAAAUUUCAAAAUUUGUAUGGAAAUAAAGUUGAAUGACAAUCUAACUUAAACAAAUUCUUUUGAUGUGAUUGAAAUACUUUAAGAUCCACUUUUGAUAGAAGGGAAUUGGUUUACAUUAGAAUUAAGAAAUGAUUUUGCACUCAGAAAAGUUAAUAUCACUUUAUAUUAAAAUUACAAUAUGUCUAAUUAAUUCAAUAAAAUAUAUUCAAGUUUUAACAUAGAUGUAUUAGAAUAUUUUGAAUUAUAAGCUGGAAUUACACCAGAUGUAUAUUAAUUUAAAUAUUCAAUAGAUUGAAUAAAAAUAUAAUUAAUACUUUUAGGGACCAAUUAGAUUGUAAGUAAUGGAUAAAAGUAGAAGAUUUAGUCCUCUAAGUAUUUCAUGUAGUUUUAAUUAAUUUUAUGAGAUCACUCAAUUAGGGUAUUUUAAUAAUAAAAAUUUUGAAACUCAUUAAAUAAUUUACAAUAUAAAUAAAUGUUUUGGAUUAUCUGGAUGGAUAAAGGUGAAUAAAACAAAUGAAGUUGAUAUAGUUAAUGUAAUAAAAAUAUUAGCAAAUCCAAAUGCUUAGAUUAGUGAAUAGAUUGAAUUAUUAAAUUUAUAAUACUUGAUUAGCUAAGAUUAGAAUUAGAUGUAAUUAGAUUAUUAAUCAUAUACAAUUCCUUUACCCUUAAGUAAUUCUAUAAACUCAUUAUAAAAAUCAAUAACUUUUGAAUUAAAGAGAUCAUUGAAUGAUUGGCAUUACAUAUCUAUAACUUAUAAAGAGAAUAAAAUUAGUAUAUCAUUAACUUUUCCAUAAAAUCCUUAAGAAAAUAUUGUGAAUAUAGUGAGAUAAGUUUAUAUGUAUUCAGAUACAAACUAAACAAUAUUUUUAGGAGGAUAUAUAAAAGAUUAAAAAUAUUAUUACAGUAAUACAAAAGGAUAGUUCAAUUAAUUAAGAUAUUAUUCUAGAUUGGGAAGUACAUUUCCUUUAAUUAGAACAUGCCAUAUGAGUUGUUUAACAUGUUUUGGUCCUUAUUCAAAUUAAUGUUUAAGUUGUUAAGAAUCUAAAAAUAGAGAAUAUUUCGUUAAAACUAAUUAAUGUUUAUGUAAGAUUGGGUAUGAAGAAGUUGGAAUUAGUUUAUGUGAAGAUUAAUUUCCUGAAAAAGAUGAAAGAAUUAUCCCAUUAUCAAAUAAGAUAGGAUAUGAUAAAGAAUAUCCAAAUGUAGUCUGUUCAUUUGGUUAUUUUAAAUAUGAGAAUGUUUGUUAUAAAUGGUAAUUAAUAUGAAAAUAAUAGUCCAUAAGUAAAUAAGAAAUAUCCUUGUUUUUAAUGUAUAGCUAAUCCAAAUACUUGGGUGUUUGAACCAAAAUGUCUAAAAACUUAAGUAUAGGCAGAUAUUAAUGAUGACAAUUCUCCAUUUGUGCCUAAUGAUAACAUUAUUUCAAUGUUAUUUUUUUAGGAUGACUAAUACGAUGUUUAUGUAUUUCAAGAUUUAGAAUUAAUUUUAUGUGAAUAUUGUAAAGAAUUAUGUUUAAUUUUACCAUUCAAUAAAGAAUGCAAAUUAUCAUAAUAUGAACAUUUAGAAAAGCCAACAUUCAUCAUAUGUUAAUUAACUACUAAUUUCAUUGAUGGAAAAUGUAAAAGUCCAAUAGUACUUUGUAUUACUGAUAUCCUUUAUUUUAGAGAGUAUAUUUGUAAUUCUUAUUUUAUUAAUUCAAUCACAAUUUAAAAUUGUUUGAGUUAUAGAAGAGAUUAAUGUUCAAAAUGUAUGGAUGGUUAUUUUUAAUCUUAUGAUUCAUAUUAAUGUUUACCUUGUAGAAUAGAUAAAUGUAAAUUUUGUUUUGAAUAUUAUCGAGAAAAUACCUAUUAUAUGUCCAUAAUUAAUUCUAAUAACUAAAUUAAUAGAGAAGAUUUAAUAAUAGGUUGUGCCUUAUGUUAUGAAGGUUAUUAAUUUAAUUUUAUUAUUGGAGAAUGUGAAAUCAUCUUAAUAAAAAAUAAUAAUUGUUUGAAAUAAUAUAUUGAUUUUAAUAGUAAUAUAAUUUGUUAUGAAACAAAUACAGAUGACUUUUCUAAAGGAACCUUAAUUCAUAAUUGUCAAUUCUAUUUAUAUAACUGCAAUAAAUGUAUUCAACCAAUACCGAAUUAAUAUUAUUGCACUGAAUGUUAAAGUGGAUAUUAUUUAAGUAGAAAAACAGGGAUUUGUUAUAAAUGUUCAAGUUAUGAUGACCUUUUUGUAGAAUGUAAAACUGAAUAUUCUUUUUAAAAAGAUCAAAUUUUAUAAUAGACAUUAGGAUUUACUUUCGAAUUCUCAAGAAUAUAUCCAUUAAAUCUAUUAUCUAAUGACAUAAGUGAAACGAUUUAUCCAUUAUCUUGUAUUGAUGGUUAUAUACCAAUGUCAAAUAGUUGUACAUAAGGCAAUAAAGUACUUUGUUAUUAAUUUGAUAAAUCAUGUGUCUAAUGUGAAUCUAAUUAAUAUGGUACAAGAAGAUUAACAGUUAUGAAUAUGACAUGUCAAGAAUGUCCUUUCUAUUGUGAAUAUUGUUAAAUUAGAACCUAAUCAAUUUAAUAAUUAAAUCCAUAUUACAAUUCUAGUAAAACAUUCUAUGGUUAUUAAUGUCUACAAUAAAGUAAUAGAGAGUCACUCUUUAUUGAUAAUUUCUAUGGCCAUGUAAGGCCAUGUAAUUCUACAAUUCCCAAAUGCCAAACUUAAAUUACAUUUGUAUAGAAAUUAUCAUAACUUUUUAGAUAUCCUCUACCUUAUCAGAUUUUAAAGAUUACAUAUUUCUUGUUGUAGAUACUUAACUUGAGUAUAUGACUUUAAAAGCUGUCACUAUUUUAACAUAUUAACUUAAUGUUACCAAUCAUAUUAUCUUUACUUAGUCUUUUGUCUAAUUUGAAAUAUUCACUAAUAGUUAUGUUUAUUAAAUACUCACCUUAUAAUAAGCUGAAAUCAUUUUUAAUGGUUAUGGUUUAUCUAAUUAAUAAACUAUUUCCUUUGGAUUACUCUUAUUUCAGAGCAUGUAAAAAUUAGUCAUCUAAAAUUUAUAAUUAAAUUUCUCUAUUUAUCAUAACUCAACCAUUAAGACUCUUAAUAUUGAUUCCUUCUAAUUUUAUUUAAAUAAUGUGACUAUAAUGGAUUCCUAUUUAAAACCUCCUCUAAAUUAUGAUUUAAAUUUAAUUGAACCUGAUACCAAUCAAUUUGGAAGAGCAUAUCAAAUUUUUAUCUAAAAUCCUUAAAUCAUAUCUAUCAUUAAUGUCAUCAUUUACAAUAUGACUCUGCUCAAUACCACAUUUAUUAAUCUAUUCAAUUCUAAUAAUGUCAAUUUAGAUCAAAUACUUAUUUACAAUCUAACCCUCAUCGAUUGUUCCUUUAUUAAUACUAAUUUUCUUACACUCUUUCCAAAUAUUCAAUAUCAACAUAUUACUAUCACUCUAUUGUAAAUUUUAAAUUGUACAUUUUUAAAUGCCUCUAUCCUAUAUUUUACUGAUUUCUAUUAUAAAGGAACUUUUAACAUUAGAGAUGUAUUAUUCUAAAAUUCAAUCUUCAUCAAUUCCAUCUUGAUAAAUUUACCUUAAUCAAAUUCAACCUUUAUUAGUAACUUUACUUAUCAACAUUGUAAAUUUUAAAAUUCAUCAGGUUUAUAAAUCAGAUCAAGUUCCACUAUUAAGUUUAUUAAGAUAUCCAAUUGUGAAUUCUAUUAAUCCUCCUUAAUUUCAUCUAGCCUUUAUGGCUCUAAUGAAAUCUAAUUAUCUUUCGAUUCAAUUAUAUUUUCAACAAUUAAAAUUUAGGAUUCUAAUCUCGUUGAAAUAAUUAACAAUAAUUAAAUCUUUUACAUUAUUUCAAACAUAGAUAUUAAAGGUAUCAUUGCAUAAAAUUUAUACUUAAACACUUUAGAGAAAGUAUUUUAUUGUUAAGGUUACUCUUUUAAAUUAACAAAUGUUACAAUGUUUAGAUUCAGUGGUAUAAUUGAGUUUUAAUUGGAUAAUUUCUAAAUUGUAGAAUUAUUACAUCUUAUAGCUGAUUCAAACAUGGAGCAAACCGUAAAUUAAAUUUUUUAUGUCAGUGCCUCUUCUUUGAUAAUUAAUGAUUUCAUUAUAAGAAAUCAAAUAUCAGAUGAUACAUUAUUCAUUUCAAUAUUCGAAGGGAUUAAUAAUUAAGUAAAUUAUAAGGAAAUAACUCAUCUAUACAUAAACAAUAUACAAAUGAAAAAAACAAAAUUUAAAUUCUCUUCCUCCAUAAUCUAGAUUUCUUCAUAAAUUGAUUAAAAAGUACUUAUCUACAAUUCAUUAUUUGUUGACAUUUGGUAAAAUUAAGAAUUACAAGAUCCAGAAAUCAGCACAGCUAGUCUCAUUAUUCUAAAUGUACCAUAGAGUUCUGUUCUAAUACAAAACUUGACAAUACAUAAUUGUCUUAUUUCAAAUGCAACAGAUUCAUUAAUAUUAAUUAAUUCCAAAUCUUUAAAUAUAGAUUAAUUUUUUGCAGAUAUGAUAAAUAAAAUAGAAUUUUAUCUAAAGGAAAUAAAAACAGAAACAGAUUUUACCUUAAUUAAACAAAUGUCAUAUGGGGGAUUAGCUUAUAUUCAAGUUUAAGAGUUAACUAUUAAAAACUCUAAGUUUUAUAAUUCAGUUGGAUAUUAUGGAGGAGUCUUUUACAUACUCACAAAAUUUAAUGGAAUUGUUAAUCUAUUUCAAUUAAAAUUCGAAAAUAUUUCUACAUUCUAAAGUCCUUACACUUUAGGUAUGGGUGGAUGCUUUUAUAUUGAUUCACAAUACUCAUACUUAUAAUUAAACAUGUUUGAUAUACUUGUUACUAAUUCUAGUUCUAAUUACAUAGGAGGAUAUAUUUAUAUUAAACCUUCCAUGUAUCAAAAUAUCAUCAAUUUAUAAAAUCUUUAAUUUAUAAAUGUCUUUUCCUAAUCAUAAUCAAUAAUUUCAUUCAUUUCAAUUUAUUAUCAGUAAAAUAAUUCAACCAUAUAUUUGAAUAAUAUUACUAUAAUAAAUGAUUUGGAUUGUUAUCAAAAAUACUUAGAAUUCUAUAGUCUAAUCAAUCAUGAAAGCGAGUAUGGUUUUAUUACAAUUUUAGGAAAGUAAUUCUAUGUUAUUAUUUUAUAGUUUAAUAUCAAUAAACAGAUUAAUAUGUGAAGGAUAUUUUUAAGAAUCUAUUUUACAUAUUGAAUUUUCAAAAUCUUUGAAGUUAUUUAAAGCAAGUGUAUUUAAUUCUUAGUUUGACUCUUAAAAUUUAUUAUAUAUUAAAGAUAUCAGUUAAGAUACACCUACAUAAAUUCAUGUAGCAUAAUUGUCAUAUUUCAAUAUAAUAGAUACAAAUUAAUUAUAAAAUAAAACAACUCUAAUAGGAUUUAUCUUAUCAAGUAAAUGCAUAUAAGCUUAAUUUGAAAAUAUUAAUAUUUACAAUGUAAUUUGUUAGAGUUGUUAAAGUGGUGUUUUAUCAGUAAUUAUAAAUUCAUUGAUUAAAGAAACAAAAGUAUUAUUUUAGUAAAUAAUAUUUAAUAACAACAUCUGUGGUUUCAAUGGAUGUUUAAACAUUUUAUCUAAUCCAAGUGUAAUAAAAUAGUUGAUUAUUGUAAAGAAAAGUAAAUUUAUCAAAAAUAUUGCAAAAUUUGGAGGAGCAAUUUACAUGAAUAAUCUACAAGCUUAAAUUAAGACUACUUUAUUUUUAUAAAAUAAAGCUAAUGAUUCAGGAGGAGCAAUCUUUUAUUAGAGUUAAUACGAUAUUUAUUUAGAGAAAUGCUAUUUUUAUAAAAAUAAAGCUUCAGCAGGAGGUGCUUUAUUCUUAGGAUAAAAUUCUCAUAUACAAAAUAAAAGUAAACUUUAAUUCUCUUAGAAUUCAGCAACAUAAUUUGCUAAUAAUAUAGCAGAAUAACCUUAGUUCCUGUAAUUAAUCGUAAAUGAUUAAUAAAUUUCCAAUAAUAGAUAGAAAUAAGGAUAAAAAGUAAUUGAUUAGCCAAUGUUGAAAUAAAGCCUCUAUUUUCCCACAGGAAUAAAAUUAUCAGAAUAUGAAUACUUUAAUUAUACAUCAAGAUUAUUUAGUUCUAUAUAAUAUACAAUUUAUUUGAAGGCUUAUAAUCAUAUAAAAGAAGAGAUAAUAUUUUUAGAUGAAACUUAUUGUCAAAUCACUUAUGGAAGUUAAGAAACUUUGAAUCUGAAUUCUUAAAAAGAGAGUUUAUUCUCUCUAUAUUAGAUAGUUGUAUUUAAUUCAACAAAACAAUAUUAUGAUUUAAACGAACUAUUAAUCAUUCAUGAUCCAUAUGAUGAAUAAAUAUCUCUAAUGCUUGACAUUUAAUGUACAUGUAUUUUAGAAGAAUAUCGACUAUAAUUUUCAAUUUAAACUUUAAAAUGUUAAAUUGGUGAAUAUUAUAAUGAAGGUUCUUGUAUAAGAUGUAAUGCAGCAGCAGGAUACUAUUCAGUAAUAUAUAAUAGUAGAUCUUGUAAAAGAAUCGAUAUUAAAUUAAUCAAUUAAACAAAUGGAGCAAUGCUUUAAUUAUAAUAAUCCUUUUGGAGACCUAAUUUAAGAUCUGAUUAAAUUGAAAAGUGUUAAAAAUUUCCAUCGAAAUGUUUAGGUGGUUGGUUUCCAGGUGACUUUUCAUGUACAAUUGGAAGUAUAGGAGCAUUAUGUGAGGCAUGUGAUAUUUAUAAUAUUAGAGGAGAUGGAUAAUUUUUAAAUUCUGGAUAAACAUAAUGUAGCAUAUGUGGCUAUCUAAGUAUUUAAAUUAUGCUCUUAUUGAUUUCAUCAUUUUGGUAUACUUUGUAUUUCAUAUUAGGACUGCCUUUUUAAUUAUUAUGACAGUUUAAAGUACACAUAAUUCUCUUUAAAAAUUAGCUUAAUUAAAAGUUGUUUAUUUAAAAUAUCAGACUUUGUAUACUUUUAGUUUAGAUCAAACAAGUAUAUUGAUUAAAAUGAGUAACAACUACUUUCAAAUUCUAAUGGUAAUAAAUAGUUUUUAAAUUGAUUUCUUUAAUAAUCUAAGAGAUGCUUUAUAUUUUCUUGGAGAAGCUUCUAAUUUUGUUACCUAUUAAAUUGAUUGUACUUCAUCUGAAAUAAUAUAAAUACCUAUCAUUUAUAGUCAUUUCAUUAUGAUUCUACUAAUACCCUUUUUUAACUUUGCUUUGUCUACGAUCAUCUAUUGCUUUUCAGUCAUGACUAAAAUUUUAAGGUUUUCAUAAACAUUUAUUUUUACCACCAUUAUUUAUCUUUAUAUCUAUAAUCAACAAUCAAUUUUGAAUUGGUAUUUAUUUAUAUACUAAUUCUUAGGGGAACCUCUUUAAUUUCAAAAAGGUAAAUCUCUGGAGAUGACUAUAUUUUAGCUUCAGUUUAUUAUUUCUAUAAUACUCAAGAACAUUAUAAUUGGCUUUUCAAAUUUGUUAUACCAAUAAUUGCCUUUUUAGGAAUAAUCAUUCCUUUAUUAUUAUUUUAUUAUCUGUAUCACCACAGAGAUAACUUAUAUAAUAAGAAUUCCAGAAAAGUCUUAUCAUAUUUAGUUAAUGAAUAUAGUGAUAAGUCAUAUUAUUGGGAACUCAUUAAAAUUGUCCAAAAAUUGCUCAUUAUAAUAAUUAUCAACUUCUUAGAAUAGUAAGUCUUAAUCAAAGGCAUUCUCAUAUAUAUAAUUAUCAUUCUAUAUUAUUAGUUCCUAAUCAAAUUCAAACCAUACAGAUAAUCCUAAUUUAAUGUCUUAGAAUAAACUAUUUCAUAUCAUGUUGCAAUGACUAUACUGCUAUCUUUACUUUUAUAUCAAAUUCAAACUUUAGAAGUCAAAUAUUUCUAAAUAUCCUUGAUUAUUCUUAUUCUAUAUUUGAUUUUUAAAUUAAUCUGGAUACUCAUUGGAAAAAUAUUCAUUGCUUUCUUUAAAAGAUUGGAUGAAAAAUUUGAUCCUAUCAGAGCAAUUAUUUUAAUCAGAUUUCCUGGCAUUUGUAAAAUCUUUCCAUCACUCAAAAAAAUUUUUAUGUUGAGAAAACUAUAAAAAUAAAGAAUUUUGGAAAGAUUUUGUAAAAUUAAAACUUAUUUGAAACUUAAAAGUAUUAAAUUACAAUAUAAAGAUUAAACGAGAGAAUAAACUAAACCAAGAGAGAACAAAUCAUUGCUUUUGAUUUCCUAAAAUAGAAACACCUUUAUAAGUAUUGAAAAAAUGUUAACAACUCUUGGAAAUGAAACUUUAAAAUGA